AUGUGAGGCGUGAUGGAAAACCACUCGGACGUGUUGUUUGUCCUUCAUGGACUCAACGGGUCGGCAUCCAGCCGUCAGAUCUACUUCUCCUUGGCGCUGGCGUCCUACGUAUUCACGCUGCUGGUCAAUGUGAUGCUCAUUGUGACAGUGUACGUGGAGAAAACACUGCAUGAGCCCAUCUACAUCUACCUGUGCAAUCUGUGCUUCAAUGGCAUCUUAGGGGCGUCUGUUUUCUACCCAAAACUGCUGGGCGACCUGCUGGCAGAGGCGCACGUCAUCUCAUACGCCGGCUGCCUGGUGCAGAUCUUUGUCCUCUACUGUUACGUCUUCUGCGAGUUCACCAGCCUGACAGUCAUGGCGUUUGACCGCUAUGUGGCCAUCUGCAAGCCGCUGCAGUACCGUGCCGUGAUGACGCCGCAGAAGGUGGCGCAGCUGCUGCUGCUGACGUGGUGCUUCCCGCUGCUGGAGACAGCAGUGGGCACGGCCUUGACAGCGAGGCUGCCCCUCUGCGGCCGUCACAUCCGCAAGUUGUUCUGCACCAACUGGGAGGUGGUCAAAUUGUCGUGCGUCGAUACCACCGUCAACAACAUCUACGGCUUCGUGCUCAUGUUCUUGCACGUCUCGCAGGCGGGCCUCAUCGUGGUGUCCUACGCCCACCUGGUGCGCGCCUCGCUCAGGUCACGCUCUGACCGCCGCAAGUUUGUGCAGACAUGCGUGCCGCACCUGCUCACACUGCUAGUCUUCACCACAUCACUGGUGUUUGAUACCUUGUUCUCUCGCUAUGGUGGCGGCCAGCUGCAUGUGCUGCAGAACGUGCUGGCCGUCGAGUUCCUGGUGGUGCCGCCCCUCGUCAACCCCGUCAUCUACGGAAUCAAACUGCAGCAGAUCCGCUGGGGCAUCAUCCACAACUUCAUGCACAAAGACGUCCCGCCGUCGCAGGCGGACCCGCGCUGACCAGCGUCGUUCCAUCUUAAGACGUUUUUGUUGCUUUUUAUCUAAAACUCAAGACGCCACAGACAAGUUGAACUCUGCCUCAUUUAUUUUUUUGGAAAUGUGUUCAUGUAAACAUUGGUGGUGCUUCACUUGCAGCGACAAAAAUAUAUAGAUUCAUCUUGUUACCCACACCAGGAUGUGACGUUACACCAUGCGGCGAACCAGCUUGUUUCUUUCUGGCUCAAGGAACUCUUCCACCAGAGCGUCUGUUACCUUCCUAAGCUCCGCCUCCAGACAACCCACAUCACUGCAAACGCAGUGAACAGGAAGUGAUGUCAGUGAGUCCAUGGCCACACUCCAAAUCCCUUGUGAAUAAAGGCGGGCGAUGCAGUCUGAACAUUCUACAACUGGCAUGUGUGUGAGUUAGUGGUUUGGCCCACAACAUAUCAGAAAAGAGAAAAAUGUCGGUCGCUGUUUUCCAAAGCUGAUGUGUGUGAAUAUCAUGUUUUGCCUAAAACACAAAGAUAAUAGGUCUGCUUUCAUGGAUGACUCAGGAAAUUGUAAAAAUAUCCACAUUUGAGAGGCUGAAAUCGGAGGAUACUUACAUGAAAAAAAUAAUCAUCAAAUGCUAAAAUAGUUGUUGAUUAAUUGGAUAAUUGAUUAUUCAUCAAUUAGUUGUUGGAGCUCUAGAGUUGGACUCCUGAAAUCUGUUUUAGCUGUUCUUGCUAAGUGCCCAGGGUGGCAUCCCUCAGGGGCGCCGGAAGCGUAAGGAAAAAAUAUUUGAGCUCGGUGCUUAUUUGCGCAUCCGGUCAGUAUGUCAGAUGGGUUCCUUCUACAGGUAGGAUGCCGACGCUCCCAUACUGCUCACAUCAAGUGGAUAAAACCAAAGUAAUGAUGGAAAAAAGUAAAUUACAACAAAAAUUGUUAAAAAAAAAUAAAACAAAUGUAAUUUUUAAUAUUGUAUAACACUGAAUAUAUCGCAGGCUAAGAGUCUCAAACUUAUUUCACUAUGAAGAGCUUGAAUAACAAUAACGUGCAACUUGUCAAUGAGUUGCCUUUAGCCUUACUAGUUGAGGUGCCGACGAUGGGGGGUGAUGAUUAAGUGUCAACAAAGAAAAGAGAACAUCAAAGCCAUCAGGUGCACACUUUAGAAAAAGCCAAAAGGUAAAAGAUAUGGCGCUAUGUCAUUGCUUUAUGUACAGGGUGGGCCAAUCAAAUGUUACCACUUUUUAAUCAUACACAAGUUUUUGAAAUGAGAACUUAUUCAAAAAUUGUAUUUACAGAUUUGUAACAGAAACAUCAAAUUAACAUUUGAUACCAAAGGUUUCCCACUUUGUCUCUUGUUUUCCACACAGUUCAAUAAUUGAUGACAUGUUCAAGCCACGCUCCUCUUUCGUGGAUUACAGCAGCAACACGCACAAUGAAGUUUGUGAUGACAUUGCCACACAUUCUGUGGGGAUACAUGAAGGAGAGAGUGUACUGCAACAACCCGCAGACCAUUAAGGCCCUGAAGACCAACAUCCGUCAGGAAAUUCAGAGAAAUUCAGAGAAUCCCUCGUUAAGGAUUGGUAUCAAAUGUUAAUUUGAUGUUUCUGUUACAAAUCUGUAAAUACAAUUUUUGAAUAAGCUCUCAUUUCAAAAUCUUGAAAUGUCCCACCCUGUAGCCCAUCUUAUGGUCUAACGUUAUUUGGUAGCUAAUGUCAUAUAGCCGGUGGCGGUUUCUGAUAUGUGCCUCAUGUACGAGAGCACAGGGCAGCAUUGAGACUGCUUUGACUGUGGUGUCGCACCACGAAAACAGUGAAACCAUUCUUGCCUGGGCAUGCCUCUACCUUUAGAGGAUAAAUACUUUGGCUCCAUGCCUCCGCCAGAAAUAAAUGAAUAAAUUAAUAAAGCAGUGAAAUGUUUGGGCGAGGGCUCUGUUAACUUGUUGUAACCUGUACUCUGAUGUCUGGUUUUAUGUUGCAAUAGAUAAUAGGGAGUAGAU